UUAUAAGAGGCGGCCGGCUCCCAGCGCGCCGUCACACACAGCCGCUUGUGGACAACACUCGCUCCUUCUCCUCAGCCGCCUGUUUGGACAAAAACUUAUUACCGCUUUUUUUCACCGUGCUGUGAAUACACGCUCGCGUCUCCAAACUCUUCUCUUGCAAAGAUGCUGCUGCUUCUUCUGGGCAUCGUCCUCCUGCACAUCGCCGCUCUGGUGCUCCUCUUCAUCUCCACCAUAGUCAGCGUGUGGACCUCCAGUGACUUCGGCACCUCGGACCUGUGGACCAACUGCUCCAUCAUCAAUGGAGCUUACAGUUGCGGCGGCGCCUCCACUGGAGAGUGGAUCCAGGCGGUCCAGGCCCUCAUGAUCCUGUCCAUCAUCUUCAGCUGCCUGGCGCUCUUCCUUUUCUUCUGCCAGCUCUUUACUCUGCAGAAGGGUGGACGCUUCUUUAUCACCGGAACCUUCCAGAUCCUUGCUAGUUUGUUUGUGAUGAGCGGCGCUAUCAUCUACACGGUGAUGAGUCCGGAGUGGGUGCCUAAGACGGAGGACUUUGGUUACUCUUACAUCCUGGCAUGGGUGGCCUUCCCCUUGGCGCUGAUUAGCGGCCUCAUCUAUGUUAUCUUGAGGAAGCGAGAAUGAGCGGCGGCAUCCCCAUCACCGCGCUGACGUCAUCUCCAACCCCCCACCCCCAGCAUCGCCGCCACAUGCCGACGCCCCCGAGCAAACCGACCGUGUCUCCGUUUCAAGAUGUAUAUAGUAUCUAUGGUUUAAAACCUAUUUAUAAUGUAACACUUUUACAUACAUGUACAUAGUUUUUGUGUUGCUCUGUCACGUUAGCUUGUUUAGCUUGUUUAAGUGCCUCCGCGUUUGUUUGUUUUUUUGUUUGUUCAUUUGCCAAAGGAUUAACAGAUGAGUACAUUAACCAAAGUGCAUGUUUAAAACAAACUAGAAGGAUUAGCAAGUUGUUUUGUGUGUGUGCGUGUGUGUUUAGUUUAAAAAGAGUGGUAAGCAAGCCAGGAUACAACAAUAAGCGAUAGAUCUGGUCCUUUUUUUUUUUUAUGUGUGAGCUUUUUAUAUUUCUUUGACAAAAACAAAAUAUGGUGCUAUUACUCUAUUAUAAAUAUUUAUCAUUCCUCUUCCAUCACGCCACUCGUGGGUCGCUCGGUGGACGUCGGAUUUCAAUCCAUGCAGUCAUUUGGACUAUCAGUAUUAGCUAGAAUAGUACAAUACCAUAACAUGAUAUACUCUGCGGCUUUUGCUUCGCAGCUUUUUUCUCAUUAUUUGACUGUUUUGCUUCUGUUCUUUUUCCAUAGCGGCUAUACCACUUUGUAUUUAUGAUUGUUAACCACAUAUGCAAACUAGAUGCAAACAAGGCCAAGAUGGCAAAGAAGAGCGCGAUGCGGCUGCACGCAUACUUGAACUCCACCGCACAGCAACUUUGCGUAUUAAAGUUGUGCGUAAGAAAAUCAUGCACACGCCUUAACUCCAUUGAAAAUGAAAACUCAUGAUUAGCUAGCGAGCGCUGAUGUAUUCUGCCAAGAAAAGGGACUGAAGUCGCACUAAUUACUUGAUGCAUGUGGGGAUAAACAGAUGUCACACACAUAAUACACCACACACACAUACACACACGCACGCAAACACUACCAGGGCUGCAAACGUGAAAAUAAAAGCUAAUUUCGAACCAUUUGCAUUGUAUUAAUCUGUGAGCUGAUCAUAUACUGUAAAACAAAGCUGCCAGCACUAUCAAGCACUAAGCGGCAGCCAUCUUGCAUAUAUACAUCUAUUGUAUAAUGUCCAGUGUGGCUUGCAGUUAGAAGAGACGUUGCGCUCUGAUGACGACUGCCCGGCCAUUUUGCCGCCUGUGCUUUGUGUGUGCGUGUAUUUUUUCAUGUUUACACGCGUGUGUAGCGUUCGCCGUGUUACCAAAGCUAACCGUGACUUAUAGCGUAACCAAUAAAGAGGACCUCUCUGACCACCAAA